GAGGGAGUAAAUCACAUCCUCUCUGAAUGUAAUCACAAAAGGUGUGGAUUUUUUUUUUUAGCCUACCUGAUGUGAGACGUAAUGAGAGUUGGAUUUUAGUAUGACAAUAGACACUGUGCCUUCAUAGAUCUAUGUGAAUCUCGCCUGACUGCAUUCUUUGAGAAUGAAAACAGUCCUUGGUCGUCGUUCACUGAAGUGACUCGUUUGACAGGACGUUCUUUGAGUUCGUCAUUAGUGCGUGAACAUGCUCAUCCGACCUCAUUCCAGUCUGAGGACCAAUUGGUGAGAUCUCAGUCUAUGCGCCAUUCAUCCUCGAACAACCGAGACACAAAACACGCAUGCUGGAUUUAUUUUCAAUCGUACAGGAAUAACUCCUAAAUGCAUUAUUAAUUAUGAGGGGAUGAAAAGAGAGGAGUGAAUAUUUUUGAAGAACUGCUGUAAGCCUUCGAGACAGGAUGAUGGAACAGAACGAAUCAGUAGACUUUAAGACCCUGAGGGCAAGGUUUCAGGGUGAACAUUUGAAGAUUCCCACUAAACCUGUCGUCCCAGACAAACCCAUACGCGUCCCUCCUCCACCGACAAAAGUCAACAACCCCAUGAUCAGCUCCCUCAACACUGCCAUCAAAAAAGGGACGAUACACGCUCCACGUGUAGUCUUCAAAGAUGAUAAAAAUCUCAAUAGCCAGCUCUCUCCACCUCCGGGGUUAAAGGGCAACGUGCAACGACCUUUCAACAAUUCUGAACUACUGGAUAAGAAUCAGAAGAGGGAAGGCGACAUUAUUAAGAAGGCUAUGAAAGAUAGGAAUCUUCCACUGGUUCUGCCAGUCGCUCCAAUAAAACCUAAAGCCCCAGAGUUUGAAACCAGUCCUCUUACUCCUGUGUCUGCUUCACCAGCCAAAGUGUCCACACCCAAGAGUUUCGUAUUUAACAAUACAAAACCUGGCAGAGAUGUUAAGUGGGAUAAUACUGAAAACUUCACAUCUGCUGAGCCCAGUCCACUUACUCCUAUGUCUGCUUCACCAGCCAAAGUGUCCACACCCAAGAGUUUCGUAUUUAACAAUACAAAACCUGCCAAAGAUGUUAAAUGGAAUAAUAUGGAAAAUGUGACAUCUGCUGAGCCCAGUCCACUUACACCUCUGUCCGGUUCACCAGCCAGAGUGUUCGCACCCAGAUCAUUUGUAUUUAGCCCUUCAAAUGUUAACACAGAUGUGAAGGCGGAUACUGUGAAAAGCCCAAUACCAGCUCUUCGUACUGCUGACCAUUCUGCUCUAACCCCUCUGACUCCUGUUAACCAAUCUACAACAGCUAUUGCACCUUCUGAAACCAUACCUGUCAUCCCCAAGGCUCUUGUGCCUUCUCGGAUUUCAGCUGGAGAGCCUUCUGUCCCCAGCAUUUCUGCCUUAAGUAUUCCACCCUCUCCAAGCCCCGAGCCGAAGAUUCCGGAGGCAGCCAUCCCAAAACCAGCCAUUCGUGUUCAAUCUUUACAUAAGCCAGAGAUUUCACAAACAGAAACCCUACCUGCUAAACCGAAUAUACAUUUGCUCAGUUUGUCAGAGGUAUUUCCUCCACCAGAAGAAGAUUUCACAGAUAUUCCUCCUCCAGUUAUUCCUGAAGAUUUUAUGAAUAGCGACUUUUCGCAUCAAACAACGCCCAGUUUAUCAGUCCCGGCAUCUAUUUCUCCAGUUUCCAGGAGUCCGGCUGUCUCCAGGACAUCCUCCCCUUCCCCGCCUUCUCGUUCAGCGAUAUCUCCAGAGCUCUUACUAUCUCGUCCAAACGUAUUAACUGCUCCAAGCUCUCCUCCAAAGGUUCAUAACCUAGCCACACCUAAGUCGCUGGACUUGGGGAGUGCAAAAGCCCUUACUGAUAAGAAUGACCAGUCUCCUAUCAAGUCACCACUCUCAUUCUUAGCAAGAGCAGAGGAGAUGUCCCCAGUUAAACGAACCUCACCACUUGAUAAACGUGUAUUUGAACUUUUGGAAAAGGCAAAGAGACAGACCAAAAUAAGCAACCCGACUACCACACCUGACAAUGCAACCCCAUCUGAUAUGGAUGCACCCAAGGUAGCUCUGCCAAACAUUGAUUCACCCAAUAUGCCCCAACUUAAUCUACCAUCAACUGGUAAAGUCUUACCACACAUUCCCAAACCUGAAGUAAGUCUACCCGAGGAAGCAUUCAAUGUACCAGAAGAAUUUGAUAUUAAAGGCCUUCCUCCUGUUGACUAUUCGGAUCAUGCUCCAAUAAACAAUCCACUUGAAACAACGCAGCAUAAUGGCCUUGAUCACAGCCAAACCUUACCAGGGGUUUUGACACUGGUGAAGCAGGUGAAUCCUCCUCCAACUCCACCCAGGAAGCCUCCCUCUGUUACACCCAUGGUGGAAUCUCCAUAUGAGAAAUCAAAGCCUCUUGCCAAACAUCCCCAGGUUCCCAUGAUGGAAUCUCCAUACGAAAAAUCAAAGCCUUUUGCCAAACAUCCCCAGGUUCCCAUGAUGGAAUCUCCAUAUGAAAAAUCAAAGCCUUUUGCCAAACAUCCCCAGGUUCCCAUGGUGGAAUCUCCAUAUGAAAAAUCAAAGCCUUUUGCCAAACAUCCCCAGGUUCCCAUGAUGGAAUCUCCAUAUGAAAAAUCAAAGCCUCUUGCCAAACAUCCCCAGGUUCCCUCAAUACCUGAUCAACAUCUAGAAGAAUAUGGUGAGCAACCCUAUGACAAUUCAUUCGAGGAGCCAUCUUUUGAAGAUGCCGAGGUAUUUGAUCCUCCAGCCGUUCCGAAUUUUAAGCCGGUACCUCCGUUAGCGUCUGGUUCUGUAAGACCAAUAUCAGCUCACAGUGAAGCCUUAUCAGAACAUCUGACUCCGAAACAUCCGACCGCAGGGGAUGUGCUUCCAAACAUGGAUCGCAAAGACUAUGGAGAAGUAGAUUACAAAUCUGCAAGCUCUCCACAGCCAGACAUCCAAAUGCGAAACUCACCCGUCAGUCGAGAUGUAUCGCCCCCGUCAGGGAACAAUGAUUACAGUGACUAUAUCUAUGAAGACCUUGUUGCGAACAAAAAAGGGAAAACACCAAAGAACAAGAAGUUGAAAGGACCUCCAAAGAAUCCAUAUGCUGAGUCUGUGGCAGAGGAGACUCCCAAGAAAGGCUUGUUCACCAGGAAGAACUCAGAAAAAGUGGUUGAGGACAAAGAACUAAAGAAGAAAGAGAAACAGCGAGAGAAGGAAAAAGAGAAAGAGAAGGAACGAGAGAGGAAGGAGCAGAAGGAAAGGGAAAAGAAGGAGAAUGAAAUAAAGAAAAAAUUCAAGAUCACAGGGCAGGAAGAGGCCAUGUAUCAAGUUAAAGUGAUCCAGGAUUGUAAAGGCCGUAAAAAUGACCUGCCGGUAAAAGUUGGAGAAACAGUGAGCAUCAUUCGUACCACCAGCUGCCCUAAAGGGAAAUGGCUUGGCAAGGACAUCAACAACAGAUAUGGCUAUGUCCCAGUAGAGAGCAUGGAUUUGAAUAUCGAUGGAAUUAUGGAGCUGGGGAAGAUGACAUCAGCGACCAGCAGACCCAAUGGCAACGGUGUCAGGGAUGGAGAGCACACCAGUACAGACAGCAGGACCUCGGAUCAUUACGCCAUGAACCAUGAGAGCUUCUCAGAUGACAGCGAGGAGUGGACAUAUGAUGAUGAGGACACCGCGUACGGCUCAUCCGGUCAAAUGGCACACCUAGGGCUGAAUCAGAGGAUGGCCACGCCAACCAGAGGGAGUGAUCUAGGUCCUGUUCACCAAGCACAGCCGGAUGGAAAUUACUCAGAUGUGCAAGCGAAACACGAAGCGCUUCAAAAAUUGUCCACAUUCUUCACACAACCAAAAACGCCCUCUCAGCCUCUACAGAUAAACAACACACCAGUAAUGAAAAUGCCUAGAGCAGUGAAUCCUGUCAAUCUAAUUGAAGAGGUAGAUGAUCAAGAUAUCCCACACUUCCAGGUCCUCCCUCCUCCAGAUCUGUAUGCCGACCUUAGUGCUAGCGACUCAGAACCGAUAUACAGCAAGGCACUCAAAACCAUCAGGAAAUAAUGCAACAUGUCUAGUCAUUUGAUGAAUACAUCGGGAAAUGACUUCAUCGCAUGCAAAGAAGAAGAAGAAGAAGAAGAUGUGUCUGUCGAGUGUGAAAGAUACUGUUUGUGACUGUACAUGUCUAAGUGAGCUAGUGGCUGCAGGCGAGAUUUUUGUUCAUUCUACUGUAUGUAAAAAAUGCCCGGUGAGGUAAUACGAGAGAUCUCAGUUUUUAGUCUACAGGAAGUAUUAUUUCAUUUUAGAUUCAGCUACACAUACUGAAUCUGUUGUUUGUGUAUAUAAUGACAAAUGUUGUGCACAGUUUUGUCUUGUCUUAAUAAAUCACACACACACAUAAAUUGAGAUUGAACCUAUGCUGGGUUGUUUUAACCAAUUAUUGGGUCAAAUAUUUAAAUAAAACAUGUUCCUUUUAUUUAACCUAGCGGCUGGGUUUAUCCCUUCUGAAAAUAACCCAGCAUGUUUUGAAGUGGGUCAAACUAAAAUAGCAAAUGUUAAAGUACCUGGGUGAGGUUUAUAUACAGUAAUGUACACAUGUACAGGUGCAAUUCCUGAGAUAAAACAUAAAAACUUUCUUGGAGUCUUAGGAUUGCAUCUUAAAGGUCUAUAUUACCAUAGUCUAUGUUUGUGAUACUAAGAUGAAUAUUAUAUUUUUGCUAGGCUUGCAAACAGUUCUUUGUGUUUAAGUAUUCCCAGUCUUCAGGUGGGCUAUUGUACAUUAGGGAAAUACGUUCAUGCUUGUAGUACAAGUUUGUGUUUUUCAUUUGUAUUUUGUAAUUGCAUGUAAAGUCUACUACAAAUACUAUAAUUUCACAGCUGCUGUAAUCUUUUGCAUUAUUUUUGUUUAAAAUGCUCUGAAAGUUUUUAUGUGCUGAUUUGCUUCAAAGCGCUAAUGUUAAUGUUAAUCACCGAAAACAUUGCAAUAUUACAUUGAAAUAACUAUGCAAACUACAAAAUGCAUAUACCACUUUAUUUUCCCUUUGUUAACAAUAAAAAUUAAAGUGCAAAUCAGAACAAGAACACCAUGCAGUGCAUAACUUUGUAAAAUACAAACCGCACACAGAUAUGAUAGGUGUACAAUAGACGCAUAAAGACAAACAGUGACAGACAAGAGGUCAUUUCUCCCAGUGGACAUUUCUCACAGAUUAUUUCACAUUACACUGGAGAGAAAGAGGGUAUAAUAUCCAGCAUAAAUGCUUUUACAUAGACAAAACACUGAACAUGAGCU